AGUGGCAAUACAUUCGUUGUCUUGGUUACCAAGACAAGACAAAGCAUCGCGUUUUUUUUUCAAUGGCCUCUGCUUGGACCUAGGUGGCUUGAUGCAUAUCUUUGUUCAGGAUGAAGCCCUUUGUCCAUCAUUUAUAGCUGGCUCAUGCCCUAUAAAACCGACGUCUCUGUGGUCCCUUCUCUCCAAUUCAUCUUCUACGGUGCUACAGCUUGCUCUUAGAAGUCGCCUGCUGUUUCCUACAUCAAAAUGAACCCUUGUAUGACUUUUGGUUCUUCGCUUCCUAGUAUAAACUCGUUUUUGACAGUUUACACAGCGAACAACUACGAGCCCUACUCCGCACCCAACACCCAGCCUCUCUUGCCCCACAUCCCGCAGGGCGCGUACGCGGGGUAUCCACAGUGGUACAACGCAGUCCCCCCACCCAUGUAUAUUCCCACCAGCACGUGCUUUGACGUCACGCUAGCUCCCGUCCCACUGCCACAAGCUCCCCCUGGAAAGCAGUAUUAUAUCCCUGAGUUCUAUCAUUACCCUGGGAUGCUGUGUCUGUCUGCCAGCUCGUUCGAGCGCAACGGAACUACGUAUUAUGUUCAUGGGGACCGCACGGCCGAUGGUGCGUUUGAGCUGAAGGGAACCACCUUUUUCCCUCAGUCUGCCCGCGCUACGGAAGAGGCCCGAUCCCGUGCGUCCAACACUCCCGCUGAACAUCGACCUUUCCCAGGUUCGCGUGUCGUCAAUGGGACCACGUACUUCCCGCGAGUAGCGUCAGAUCAGAUCCUUUCCACGUUUUCUUCUCCUGCCACCUCCCAGCCUUCCACGCAGACUUCGACUGCGAACCACUCUCCUGCCACAGAGGCUGCCGAUUCAAUCAACCAAGAUAAUGAUCUGCCACCUUUGGUUUUCCCAACUCUCAACUAAAGACCUUGCGAAUCCAACAAUCACCAAUCAAGUUGUAUGCCUAACCUUAACCAUUCCCAUCUCUUAUACCAUGUUAAUGCAAGAGUGUUUGCCUCGGCUUGUAGCCAUUGUAGGAAUCUAUCACCCUCAUCGAUAUAGCAUGG